AAGCCUGUGUCAGAAGCACAGGUGGUAUUGUUGCAGUUUUGGUCAUUGUGUCCAUCUUUGCGCUGCACCAUCAUGAGCUUUUUCAAGUACUUGUUUGGCGUUGUGAUUGUUGCUUUGUCUUCUUUGCUUACUACUCAGCGUCAGUGGUCGUCAGCUCAGCAAUACUCACUACUUCAUCAGCAGCAGCCCAAGAUCCCACCAACACCACCUCCUUCUGACAAGUGUCACCAGGUAGAAGAAGCUCAGAAGGUCGAGUGUGGGACUUCAGGAGUCACUCCUGAUCAAUGUGAAGCCUUGAGCUGCUGCUAUGAUGGACGUCGGUGCUACUAUGGGAAAGCAAUAACUGUGCAGUGCACCAAAGAUGGCCAAUUCAUCGUGGUGGUGUCUCAGGAAGCCACCCGUCCUCCUCUGGAUGUUGAUUCCAUUGGCUUGCUGGAUACCAGUGGUGCAGCCUGCCAACCUGCUGGUAUCAACUCUGGCUUUGUUAUCUUUCAGUUCCCUGUGACUGAAUGUGGUUCAACUGUAAAGGAAGAAGACUACAUUGUCUAUGAAAACUACAUAGUCUCUUCAUAUUUAGUUGGACUUGGACCCAGAGGCUCAAUCACCCGGGAUAGCACUUUUGAGUUACUAUUUCAGUGCCGGUACUCUAGCAAAGAUAUUGAGGCUCUAAUUAUCGACGUGAACACACUUCCUCCACCUCAGUCAGUGGCUGUUGAUGGACCCCUCAGAGUGGAGCUCAGACUCGCGAAGGGUGAAUGCCAUGUGAAGGGAUGUGUGGAAGAGGUGGCGGCGUACAGCUCUUUCUAUACUGACACUGACUACCCAAUCACUAAAAUGCUGAGGGAACCAGUCUAUGUCGAUGUGCGUCUCCUGGAGAGGUCCGAUCCAAACAUCGUUCUGCUUCUGGAGCAUUGUUGGGCCACUUCCAACCCUGAACCUGAGAGUCUACCACAAUGGGACCUCCUGUUUAAUGGGUGUCCAUACAAAGACAGUGACCUCUACUUAACUGAAGUCUUGCCUGUGGAUGACUCAGAAAUUCCCUACCCAUCCCACCACAAGCACUUUGUCAUGAAGAUGUUCACAUUUGUGGAUCAAGAUCUUAUUCCUCAGAGGACCAUGGUCUAUAUCCACUGCACUACUACUCUAUGCCACCAAAGCAGCAUAGACUCCUGUGAACAGACAUGCUACAGGCAACGAAGGGCAACCUCUGCAGUGAGGAAGGUCUCUUCAGGACAGAAGCUACAAGUGUCAAGUGGGAAGGUCAUCUUGACUGACCAGAGAGCUGUCCACAAGGAGAACUAA